CUCAUGUGUCCUUCAGAUCAUGAGACUGUUGGUUGCAUAACCAGACUACAAAGUACAAACCAAAAUCUUUGUCCAGAGUUUAAAUAGGGAUGAGUUCCUUUCAUCCUGAGAUGCUGCUGCUCUUAAAUCUGAUCAGCCUCGCUUCAGGGCUGCAGGAGCGAACAUCAUCUUUUUCCCGGAUGCCUUUCAUCACUGUGUGGAACGCCCCCACUUCCAAAUGCCUCUCUCACUAUGGCGUAGACCUCAACUUGGGGACCUUCAACAUCGUCCAGAACCAAAACGAAGCCUUUAUGGGUGAGAACAUAACCAUCUUUUAUGCUGAUAAGCUUGGUUUGUAUCCCAGGUACUCCAACCAAGGACAGCCUAUUAAUGGCGGAGUCCCACAAAACGCCAGUCUUGCUGAGCACCUCAGAGUUGCCUAUGGAGAUAUACGCAACUAUAUCCCCGACAAGAAUUUCCAGGGCCUGGCUGUGGUGGACUGGGAGAGCUGGAGACCUAUAUGGGAGAGAAACUGGGAUAGUAAGCACGUGUACUGGGAGGCGUCAAAAGCACUAGUUAGGGCCAGGCAUCCGGACUGGAGCCCUGCGCAGGUAGAAGCUGCAGCCCGGGCGGAGUUUGAGAAAGCAGGGAGGGCAUUCAUGGAGGACACACUGAAACUGGGGGAGAGGGAAAGACCAGAUGGGUUGUGGGGCUACUACGGUUUUCCCAAUUGCUACAACUACUACGACAAAAGCACAAAGUACUCAGGGGAGUGUCCACCUAUAGAGAUUAAGAGGAACAACGAGUUGUUCUGGCUGUGGAACAGCUCCACUGCUCUGUAUCCUGACAUCUACCUCAGCCUCGAAAUGCGAAGCCUCAGUGGAGAAGUGCUCCUCUACACUCGCCACCGCGUCCUGGAGGCCAUGAGAGUGGGGGCUAAGGUGACUCCAACAGCACCACCUGUCUUCCCCUACGCUCGCUUCGUCUACACCUACACAUUAGAUUUCCUCCCUCAGGAGCACCUGGUCUACACCCUCGGAGAGAGUGCUGCUUUAGGAUCUGCAGGUGUGGUCCUCUGGGGCGACAGCACCUACUCCGAAUCUCAGGCCACAUGUAAUGCUGUCCAAUUCUACAUCGAUGAGACCCUGGGUCCUUACCUGGUGAAUAUAACAUCGGCGGCCAUUCUUUGCAGCCAGGCUAUGUGUUCCUCUCAGGGAAGAUGUCAGAGGAGGAACCCGAUCUCAAGGGCCUACCUGCACCUUGACCCUGCUAUGUGGGAGGUGGUGUCUGAGAAGAAGCCAGAAGGGGGAAGGCACUACAGAGUUAUAGGACAGAUGAUGGAUCAUGAAGUAACAUUCUUGAAGUCCCAGUUUCAGUGCAAGUGUUUCCCAGAGUGGAGUGGUGAGAGCUGCUCCAAGCCAAUUCAGGGAUAAGUUACUUUCCUUUAAAGACGUAUCCAGCAACAAUUUUGGUCUAAUCAAUGGUUGUGAAGUCUGUAAAAAGUGUGAAAAUGAACCACUACAGAGGUAGACUGGAGCUUGUUUGGCCCAGAGGUAUUUUUCUGCGUAAGUGAAUGUGAUCCCCUGUGAAUGUAAAUUUCCCAAUCUUUCACCAAUGUGUUUUCUUAAAUAAUUACUUUUGUAGUUUUCCUUCAUAUCUCUAGGAGAUAAAUCAAAAAAUAUAUCUAUAUACAUAUGUCAAACUUUCUACCGGCUGAGUUUCACAAAUCAGCCCAAAACUUUCUAUAGAAAUGCAGUCCCUUAAAGUCCCCCUCCACUCAGAUUUGAUUAUUCGGAAUAUUUUUAUAUGUCUUAAAAACAUGUCUGGAGGGGAUCUUGUAAUAACAUUAUAUUUGGAUUUUAGUUUUCAUGUAAACACCACUAAAAUUAUGUUAACAUGAAUGAGAUCAAUGUCAUCAGCGGGUUGAUUAACUGCAACACCUCUUUUGUUGUCUGUCGCCUGGAGUGCCCCUGUGGAUGUUCUUUUGUUGGCAGGACUAAACGGAGGCUUAAUGGCAGAACUGCUGGACAUAAAUAUGCAGGAAGACAUUACAACACUACACGUAGCAAUAAUCCUGAUUCUCUCAAAGCAGUUGGCUUUGAGAUCAUAUGUGAGUCCAUUAGAGGGGGGAAUAAAUUUACUUGUUAACUUUUAAUUACAAUUUCCUUUUAAUUCACAAGGAAACCUUUUGGCUUCAACAUUUAAAACAACACGUUCCCGGGGUUUAACAAAUUUGUUACUUUCUAAUCCAAUUUUGUAUGUGUGUGUGAAAUUUAUUUUGAAACUUCUUAGGCUUUGGAAUUUUUUUGUAGCAUUUCUCAUUCGAUUCUUAUGCAUUUCAUCGUAGUCGGAAACACAUUGGUGAAACCUGUGCAAUAUUUAAGCCUUUUUAUCAUCCAAGAUUCAGAGUGCCUUGGAUUUUCCCUUUCAUUUGUAAACACCACUUAAUUUGGUAAAAAAUAUUUUCAUGCUAAAGCCAAGACAUCCAGUGGUGGAAGGUAACUAAGUACAUUUACUCAGGUACAGUAGUUAAGUAAAAUUUUGUGGAACAAUUUAUGUCACUUUAUAAUUUCACUUCACUUCAUUUUAGUGGGAAAUAUACUUUUUACUACAUUCAUUUGACAUUUAAAAUUAUUUUGCAAAUUAGCAUAUUAUCAGCCAGUACAAUAUGAUUCAUUGCUAAAGAUUAAACCAACCAGUAGUAUAGAAGUUGAAUGUGUCUCCACAUUGAUUAAAUACAUCAAAAAGGUCCCUACAAGUCAAUGCAUCAGUACUAAUAACCCAAUAAUAUAAUAAAUAUGUUGGAGACAAACUCUAUUAUGAGAUCAUUCUGCAUAAUAACUAUUUCUUUUGAUACUUGAAGUGCAUUUAGCUCAUAAUACUUUUGUACUUCAGUAAUAUUUUGAUGACAGAAAUUUUGCUUUUAAUGGAAUAAUCUUAUGAUGUGUAUUGCUGCUUUUAAUAAAGUAACGGAUCUGAAUGCCGAGCGUCAGACUGAGGCUUUAAUUUAAAAUUUUUGUUUGUAGGUUUAUGACCAGCAGGUGGUGCUGUGGGAAAGCUAAAUAGAGGAAAGGCAAGGGAAAUCAAGGUCAGAGCCUUGGGUGUUGGUAAUCACACAAAGAGUCAAAUAACUGCAGAGGAAAAAACAUAUUUGACUCCUUAUAUCAGACUGUGAUAACUUUAUACCUCAACUCUGCAUCAGCUGAAGUUCACACAAUGAAUUACACCCCCUAUAACACAAAACCAAAGAGAGCACAGGGUGACAUUUGAUUGAUUUACAAGUGGCUUGUACAAUGUUGUCUUAUCUGAUAGCCUGCGCUGCUCCAAACUAGUGUCAUUGAUUGUAAUUUCCUUCCUCUGUCCCCUGAGGCUCAGCAGCCUGAAGAACAGAUUCCCACAAGAUCUCACUGUUUCCUACUUCCGACUUUAUCAUAACUGGCUUGUUUGUGAGGAAAUGAGGAGGAGAUAGAUGCUUUUGUUCCCAAUGCUAUAGAGAGAUAUCUGCAACCUGCGCCUUUUUU